GUCAGGUCCGAGAAAUUAGUCUCAUCUCCACCACUCAACGCAGUCGAGUGAUCAGUGAUUGUGGCUGCCUAGUCCAAAUGAGUCGCUCUACAUCACAUCCCUAAAUUCAAUGGAGGUUAUCUUCCUAAAUAUGGUACCGGUUCAUGCUGCGGGAAUUCUUUUCCUGUUCUCCCCUACCGAACGCAUCUGCCAUCCUUUCUGCUGCAUCAACUGUAGGAGAACGAGAAGGAAUGGAAGGAAGGGAAAAGGUCUGCCUGCGAGUGCUUCCACGGGACAGCCGAUUGUCCUACUUUGCGGAUGUCUAUGGGUUUCUUGCUGCCUGGACAGACAUCUUCCCAGAAUAAAACCCCUCGGGGAUCAGAAUCAGGAUCCCAUGGAAGACUCCGUAAUGGAUUCCAUCCUUGGCUUGCCUAAGCAGCAGUCAAAGUCCCCUGAUUCCCUGAAGCAGGGCUGAGCGAUCGUGUCCCCACUUCGAGUGUCAAAAAGGCUCCAGUAGGAACCGGCGGAAGGGCUGGAAGGG